AUGGACCACGCCCUCCUUCACCGCGUCCUCCUUCAGCCUCCUGGACCAGUCCGGCGCUUCCCGGUCGCGGUCGUUCUCUCGGCUCCGUGGGCUGAGCAUCAGCAAAAGGCAGAUGGGCCGAGCCUCCAUGAAAGACGCGGAGACGAGCCCUACGACAACUGGAUCCUUCGCUGCGUGGUGGUCUCGCCCGCUGGGCGGCCGAUCUACAGGUACGAAUCACCCUUGGAGCUGCUCAAGGCACACCAAUCGCUCUACCUGGAUGGGAACAUUCUAUACCGGGAUAGCUCGGAGAAUAGCAUCAUCACCACGGACCCAGCAAAGGCGGAUGGCAGUACCGGAAUACUCGUUGACCUGGACCUUGCCAAGGAGGUCGGCAGCGGGCGAAGCGGCGCGCGGCACCAGACCGGCACGAGGGAGUUCAUGGCCAUCGAUGUGCUGCUUACCAUUGAUCAUACUUAUCGACACGACUUUGAAUCCUUCUUCUACGUGUUGAUCUGGCAGUGCCCCCGUUAUGGGUGGGGAAAAUCAGGACUCAACCGGCCCAAAUACCGUAUGCUAAAGGAGUCGUACACUGGAAAUUAUGAAAAAAUCGCAAACGGCAAACGAGGCAACAUGGAGACUGGCGGGUAUGAGCGUAUUGUGAUGAAAGAGUUCCCACCUGGUUUUGAAUGUGUCAAAUCAUCCUGCAAAACCGCACGACGCAUACUAUUUCCGUAUGGGGGGGAAGGACUUAUCGUGGCCUUGAUCAGUACCAAGGUUAGCCAGGCCUUAAAAAAUAACAUCAAUAAAGAGGAAUACAAAACAGUUGAAUAG